AUGGAAUCAUGGUGCUGUUCUGAUCGGGUCCCCCUGUGUGAUGGUCUAGGUUUUUACUGUACUGAAGACUUAGCAAUCAAAAAUAACAUCUGGGUACAAAAGUUCUUUAUUGUUCUUUAUUUCACAGAAUCGAUCACAGUAGACGCUGCCGACAGAUACAAAAAGUCCCACAGGGUUUUGUUUCCACCAUUCGCCGUGUUUGUGAAUUUCGUAUGCGAUUACGCAUCGAAAGCUAAUGAUCCCAGUUUCGAUUACUCCGCAAAAACAACCGGUAGGACUACAAGUGCUUCCGACAAGGACACAGAAAGAAAACCCGCCGGAAAGGCUCGCUUGGUAAGUGCGUAUAGAACUGAUGUGGAAUCUACGGACAGGCUACCAACUAACGACGUCACUUGUCCCAUACACAACACCGCUCACACAUUGAACGACUGUUACGCAUUUCUGAAAAUGCCUAUUAGCGAAAGGAAACAAAUGAUGAAAGACAAAGGUGCGUGUUUUAAAUGCAGUGAGAUGAAGAGACAUAUCGCUAAAAACUGUAGGUCAGCCGUUACCUGUAAAAAAUGUCAAAGCGUGAAGCAUUGCACAGCAUUGCACGAAAAUCCACCAGAAGUCAUGAAGGAAAAUACUCCAAAAUCUGUGGACAUCGGAAAUGUGAAAACGAUCUGUACUACUCUUAACUGCAACGAGUUCGCUGGAAAGUCUUGCGCGAAAAUCUUGUUACUCAGGGUUUACCCGAAAUCGAACCCUGAGCACGCCCGACGUGUGUAUGCUAUCGUCGAUGACCAAAGUAACCGCUCGCUCGCCAACAGUGAUUUCUUUGACCUUUUUGAGGAAUAUGGACCGGAAUCAGAAUACAUGUUAUCGUCAUGCGCAGGAGUCUUCUCCGCAUCUGGCAGGAGAGCGUUCGGCUACGUCGCAGAAUCUAUCGACGGUCAAGUUUCGUUGGAUAUUCCCAAACUUAUCGAAUGCAACGAAAUACCCAACGGUCGCGAAGAUAUCCCUACACCGGAAAUUGCUAUGCACUACAGUCAUCUACAGGACCUCGUUAAUGAUAUUCCCCCGCUGGACGAAAGCGCUCCUAUAUUGAUGUUGAUUGGAAGGGAUCUCAUCGACGCGCACAGAAUAUUGGACCAGCGACUUGGACCCAGGGGCUGCCCGAUCGCCCAACGACUUGGGCUCGGCUGGGUCAUUGUUGGAGAGAUAUGUAGUAGUAGUGUGUGCAAAACCGAAACUGUGAACGUUAACAGAACAAAGAUUCUAAACACCGGACGCCCUACUCUAUUCGAUGCAUGUACUACUCAUUUUCACGCCGACGAACAACUUUCGUCCGACGACACGCUCUUCAAGCGCACUAGCAACGAUGACGUUCCAGGACUAUCUGUCGACGAUCUAACUUUCCUAGAUAUGAUGGAAGGAACAAUGAAGAAGAACGCCGAUGGAUACUGGGAAGCACCUCUUCCCAUACGAGACGACCGACCCCGACUCCCAGAUAGUCGCGCCGGAGCAAUGAAGCGAGCGCAUUCGUUAACCGUCAACCUCAAAAGGAACCCCACGAAACGAGAACACUUUGUCGCGUUUAUGGCGGAAAUGCUCGACAAAGGCCACGCCGAAUUAGCACCUGCCAUAUAG